CAACCAUCACGCGAGAGUUCUCAAUGCAACAGUUGCUCGAUAACAUCGGAACAGCAGCUAUAUAAACGCAAGGAAGUCAACCAGUGCAGUGAAGCAACUUCACACCCAACCUCUCAAUCCAUAGCGCCUGGUUCUUCAAGCUGAACAAAAGGAGCAGCAGUAGUAGAAAAGCCAAGAACAUGAACAACAAUCCCAUUUACAAAAACCCUAACUCCCCAAUCGAAUCCAGAAUCAAAGACUUACUCUCUCGAAUGACCUUGUCCGAGAAGAUCGGCCAGAUCACUCAAAUCGAUCGACGAGUCGCCACUCGUUCCGCCAUUCGAGACCUCUCCGUCGGGAGUAUUCUCAGCGCCGGCGGUGGUGGACCGUACGAGAAAGCAACGUCGUCCGAUUGGAUCGAUAUGAUUGACAGAUUCCAGAACGCUGCGCUCGAGUCUCGCCUCGGGAUUCCACUUCUCUACGGUACUGACGCUGUUCAUGGCAACAACAACGUCUAUGGUGCCACUGUAUUUCCUCACAACAUUGGCCUUGGAGCUACUAGUUUGUGUGACAGAGAUGCAGAGUUGGUUAGGAGGAUUGGAGUUGCAACUGCUCUUGAAGUUAGGGCUUGUGGCGCUCAGUUUACUUUUGCUCCUUGUGUGGCUGUAUGUAAAGAUCUCAGAUGGGGAAGAUGUUACGAGAGUUACAGUGAAGAUACAGAAAUUGUGAGAAAUAUGACUUCCCUUGUUAAAGGCUUGCAGGGACAGCCGCCUCAAGGACACCCAAAAGGCUACCCUUUUGUAGCUGGAAGAGAGAAUGUUGUUGCAUGUGCCAAGCAUUUUGUCGGAGAUGGAGGUACUGACAAAGGUAUUAAUGAGGGGAAUACAAUAGCAUCAUAUGAUGAGUUAGAGAGAAUCCACAUGGCGCCUUAUCUGGACUGUAUUUCUCAGGGAGUUUGCACUGUUAUGGCAUCCUACUCUAGCUGGAAUGGAAGGAAACUGCACUCUGAUCAUUUUCUCAUUACACAAGUUUUGAAAGAAAAGCUGGGAUUUAAGGGUUUUGUCAUUUCUGACUCCCAAGCACUUGACCGACUUUCCUAUCCUUUUGGGUCCAACUAUCGAAAGUGUGUCUUGUUAGCCAUCAAUGCUGGAAUUGACAUGGUGAUGGUGCCUUUUAGGUAUGAAUUAUUUCUGGAGGAUUUGACAUAUCUGGUGGAAUCAGGGAAGAUUCCUAUUGCCAGGAUUGAUGAUGCUGUUGAACGAAUCCUGAGAGUGAAAUUUGUUGCUGGACUUUUUGAAUAUCCCUUGGCUGAUAGAUCUUUGCUUGAUAGAGUUGGUUGCAAGCCGCAUAGAGAUCUGGCGCGAGAGGCAGUUCGCAAGUCCUUAGUUCUGUUAAAGAAUGGAAAGGAUCCAAAGAAACCGUUUCUUCCUUUAAACAGGAAUGCUGAAAGAAUUCUUGUUGCUGGAACACAUGCUGAUAAUCUUGGAUAUCAGUGUGGUGGGUGGACAGCUACUUGGAUGGGAGCCAGUGGCAGAAUUACUAUUGGCACGACCAUUUUGGAAGCUAUCAUGGAAGCAGUGGGAGAGACAACAGAUUUGAUAUAUGAGCAACAUCCAUCACAAGACACCUUUGCAAAUCAAGAUUUCUCUUUCGCCAUUGUAAUAGUGGGUGAGGGUCCAUAUGCCGAAACCAUGGGUGACAAUUCAGAGCUCGUAAUCCCUUUUAAUGGAGCUGAAUUGAUUAGCUCAGUUGCUGACAAAGUUCCCACAUUGGUGAUUCUGAUCUCUGGUAGGCCCUUAGUUUUAGAGCCGUGGCUUUUGGAAAAGGUGGAUGCUCUGGUUGCUGCUUGGUUGCCCGGCAGCGAAGGAGAUGGAAUAACAGAUGUUAUCUUUGGAGAUUACGAGUUCCAAGGAAAACUUCCUGUGACAUGGUUUAAAAGGGUUGAAGAAGCUGGGAAGAACUCAUCUGAACCAUUGUUUCGCUUGGGUUUUGGGUUGACAAGCAACAGAGAGGGACAUUUGAACUGAUUAGCUUUGUAAAACUAAAUGUGAAAUAAGCAUUGUGCACUGCCAAAAAAUUUGGUGAUUAUUUCUCCUUGUAAAAUGGGAAGACCUUGCAAAUUGCAUUUGAAAUUUAGAAAAAUAUCAUACAGAUUUCAUGGUAAUUGUGUAAUUGGAUGUGUAUGUGCAAUAUCCUUGGAGUCCCUUGGGGUGGUUGAUUUGCAUGUGAAAUAUACCCAGUGGAUGUUUGACCUGCUA